CGACGUGAGAGUGCCGACCACAAGCGCGCUUGGUUCAGUCGGCUCCUGGAUGCCGAGAGCGCACACACAACGACUCUCUCUCUCUCUUUGUGUGUAUCGAUGGCAAAGCCGUCAUGACUUCUUAACGGCAGUGUGCUCGAAGGCAUCGCACGUGAAGGCUUACAAGGAAGACAAAAAAAAUCCCUAUUUUUCUACGGAGGCGGUGGCACAUUCCGGCGCACAAAGGGGGGAAAAUGAAGGCUAAGAAGAACCGAGACCAAAGCUUGUCUGACUCCAGAGAGCUGGACGGAUCCUAUGACCAGCUGACGGGUAAUACUACCAGCCAAACCAAAAAAACCAUAAAGCAGCGUUUCCUCAAGCUGCUGCCAUGCUGCAAGCCCGAGGCCCCCCCCUCAAUCAGUGAAAACAGCGUGGAAGAUGACUUUGAGUUAUCCACCGUGUGCCAUCGCCCAGAAAGCAUGGACAAGCUGGAGGAGCAGACUAAGUUCACCAAGAAGGAGCUGCAAGUCCUCUACAGGGGCUUCAAAAAUGAGUGCCCCUGUGGUGUGGUGAAUGAGGAGAAUUUUAAGACCAUUUACUCCCAGUUCUUUCCACAGGGAGAUUCAAGUAUGUAUGCACAUUUCCUGUUUGAAGCCUUCGACACUAACAAGAACGGCUCAAUUAGUUUCGAGGACUUUGUAUUUGGCUUGUCUAUCAUCUUGAGAGGGACCGUUAAUGACAGGUUAAACUGGGCAUUCAACCUCUAUGACCUGAACAAAGAUGGCUGUAUCACCAAAGAGGAGAUGUUUGACAUCAUGAAGUCCAUCUAUGACAUGAUGGGGAAGUACACAUACCCCACUAUGCAGGACGAUAUUCCGAGGGAACACGUGGAGAGCUUCUUCCAGAAAAUGGACCGGAAUAAAGACGGGGUUGUCACUAUAGAAGAGUUCAUUGAGUCAUGCAAAAAGGAUGAGAACAUCAUGCAGUCCAUGCAGCUGUUUGACAACGUCAUCUAGGGAUCUGGACCAGAGAGUUCGCUGGCACCAGGGACUGGGGCUUUUUGUCUAUAAGGACUCUGGAUUGAAAAGAGUUUGUGAAGGUGUGUGUGUGUGUGUGUGUGUGUGUGUGUGUCCGUGUGCGUGUGUGUGUGCGUGUGCGUUUUCUGUACCGCAGGCUUGUGGUUGAAUGUUGGUUGAGAGCUGUGAGCCUUCAGGGUACCAUGAGGCCAUCUUGCGUUUCCUGGAACCUCAGUGACGUUUCUCCUAAGCGACAAAAGAGUUCCCCCCGAGCCGUGUCCUCAUCACGCAGAGCCUCACUUUUACCCAAAAGGCUCAGCGACGGGCUCACAUGUCACACGCCAGAUCCCCCACCGGUUUAAUUUGAGCUUUUAUUUAUUACUACUAUGGAUGGAGGAACUGUCCCAGCUUGUAAUAGCUGACAUCAGAGGGAGGUAGCUGCCUCCAAACCUUCAUCUGAAAUCAAUAUUUCCUGUGAUGCCAGAUAUCUGGAUUUGUGAAUCUGAUCCUGACUCUAAGAGAAUGUGGGUAACGCCUCCCAGGAGACGCUAGACUGCUGGUGGUCAUUCAAAUAUUAAUUUACCACCCUCUUGUGGACAAGAACAAGAAAGACACUUUCUAAGGAAACGGCUCAAACAGCUGAAUAAUUGAAGAUCCAAGUGAUUUUUACAGAUGUUCAAUCAUGUUGUUUUCCAUCCGGAACAGAUUACAAUAUCGCAUGAUGAUGUCACUAAUAUCCAAUUAUGUAUUUACAGAGAUACUCCAACAUGUUUGUGUGUCCGCUGUUCCUAGUCAUUCACAGGUGCCUCACCCUUUGUGUAUGUGUGUGUGUGCGUGUGUAACAAAAUUAGUUGUUAUCCAACUUACUUGUGUAAGAGUCUAAUGGUAAAACACCAACCUCCAUUCAUGGGAUAUUGGUAGAAUGAUUCCGAGCCAAACUAUUACAGUCCUAGCUGUAGGUGUCUAUUGACUGUUGUACAUUUUCAAGCAUUUUCCAACCGAGUGAUAUUCAGCAUUAAAAAGAAGGGACUGCAAUAAUGGUUGAGGAGCUGUUUUGACCAUUUGUGCUUCUCUCAACACAGUCGUACUAGUCCAUCAAUGUACAUUCAAGGGAAAUGUAUUAGAUUUAAUGUAAUAGAUUAUUGUAAUUGGAAAUGUCCUGUGGCUGUAGCAGGUUCUACCACUUAAGAAAUGAAAACCGUGGUCCCAUUUAAUUAGGAUCAUUCAAUUUAAAGAGGCUUUGUGUGUGUGAGUGCACUGUUUGUGAGAAAGACAUGGUUUAAUUGAGUUUUUUUAUGCCCCCCUAAUGCAGUAUUCUCCCCCUCUCUGUAACACCAAAGAGAACUUAAAAAUAAAGAGGUACAUAGAGCCACUCUGAGUGAAGAUAUUUAACCCACCUGUGGGUGAGAGAGGGGGAGAUGCUGUGUAGUAUGUCGGGCAAGGGGCAAUCAGAGAUAGGAGGAUAUCCUUGAGCAAAGUGACGAUAGGGAUCACCUACACAUUGACCAAACUGAAGUGUAGUUUUAUGUUGCAAAUCCCGAUAUUUGAAGAAUUUGUUAAUUUAAAUAAAGAUAUCCUACGGUCAGAGUAAAUUUGUCCUAAAUAAACAUAAAAUUAAAAACGUAAAAAAAGCAUUUUUCUAACUACAAUGGUGCAAGUAAAAUCUUUUAAAUGCACACAGGCUGACAAUUGCAAUAAUGUUCUCCACCACCCAACAGCAGUGCUCCACUCAUUCCACCUCUAAAUCCUCUCAGAGCACAGUACAGGGUGCAUUAAAGCCCUGAUGAAAAUAUGCACUUCCAAUCCUGAUAUUUUCUGUUAUGCCUUUUCUUUUUUUUUCUCUGGGUAAAAAGUGUUUUGGCUCUGAUUGUUCCUUGCCAAGUUUUUUUUAUCUUCUAUUCCUGACCACAAGUAAAAACCUGUCUAUACCCGCAUGUACUGUGUGUUGAAAUCCUACUAACCUGUUGUACUGACUUUCUAGUUAGCUAAAUAAAGUGUAUAUUUUGUACAGAGACAAUAAAAUUCACAGUUACUAUGCAAAAUGGA